CCUGGCAUCACUGAUCAAAGUGCCCCUCCCCUAAUUGCAAUGUUGAUUUCUUACCAGUUGUCAUUACUGAAGUAAAUACCAAUAAAUACAGCUAAAAAAUGGGCGAUUUCUUGGCAGCUAACAAUACUUGCGGCCAAAAUUUAUUGCGUUUAGUGUCUCGUGGAAAUGCUAUUAUAGCUGAAUUUAUGAGAUUAAAGGAUUAUGUACCGCCAGUGUUUAGCUUGGAUUCCAAACAACUAGUUCAAAAAUACGGAUCGAUCAUAAUUGAUUUUACAUAUUUUAAAUCAGUUAGCGUUUAUGAGCAAAAAAUAGAAAAUGAUCCGGUUCUCCAAAAAACAGACGAGGAGUUAAGAAAUAAUUUUUCCGAUAUAAUUUCAAGGUUUUACUUAGCUUUCGAAAGUAUACACAAAUAUGUUACAGACUUGAAUUUUUACAUUGAUGAAUUAGAAGAUGGAAUAUAUAUUCAUCAGUCCAUAGAUUCGAUCAUGCUCAAUGAAGAAGGAAGACAAUUAAUGUGCGAGGCUGUAUAUUUAUAUGGAGUUAUGUUAUUAUUGGUGGAUUACUAUUUCGAAGGAUGCGUAAGAGAACGAUUACUCGUAUCUUACGAUCGGUACAAUGCUCAACGUUCGUCCUCUACACGCGUUGACGAUAUAUGUACGUUACUUCGUUCAACAGGAUUUUCUAAAACUUCUAGUAAGCGACCUGCAAAUUAUCCUGAAGAUUAUUUUAAGAGAAUACCAAUAAACGAGUCUUUGAUAGAGCAAAUUAUUGGUCGUUUACGUUCAGAUGAAAUAUACAAUCAAAGUCUUGCCUUUCCACAUCCGGAACAUCGUAGCGCUGCCUUUUCCACUCAAGCAUCAAUGUUGGUUGUAAUUUUGUCGUUCAAGCCUACAAUGUUACACACGCAUACAGCUAAUAUGAGAGAAAUAGUCGAUAGAUUUUUCCCUGAUAACUGGGUAAUCAGUAUUUAUAUGGGGAUAGUAAUAAACUUAUACGAUUGGUGGUUACCAUAUAAGGCUGCGAGAACGGCUCUCAAUAAUAGACUCGAAUCGUCGAAUGUAAAAGUAAUCGCACAAAAUUAUGGUCAAAAAAUGAAGAAAUUAAUAUCUGAAACAGAAGAGGUACAAUUAGCUGUUACUCUAGAUGGAAGUGCAAUAGGAUCGUUGGUAAAGUUGGUAAGGGAAUGUAACGUGACGUUACAUUGGAUACUUCUACAUACCGCGAUGCCAACAAUAUCGUUAGAAGACUCAAAGCGUUCACGUAUGCUCAGGCAAUUGGUAGUAAACGAAAGCAAAUAUACAACAGUUGAUUGUCUUCAGUUAUUGUUAAGUACUGCCCAAAUCGAACAAGAUGUCAAACAAUUGUACAAAGAUUUGUUAUUUGGCAAAGAAACUAAAUGGCUUAGAGAUAAAGAGGUAUGUGUUGAACGCAUAACAGACCUUGCCCAAAUAUUUGGCGGUAAUAAAUCUCUCGAUGGUAUCGAAAGAAAUCAAAAUUUACAUUCGUGGUUUAUAACGAUAAGCAAGCAUAUCGAUUCAUUGCAACAAGAGGAUGGAAGGAAAAUAGUACAAUUAUUACAGGCCUUAGAACAAGUGCAGAAAUUUCAUCAGUUGGAAACUAAUUUACAUAUAUCGCAGCAUUUAGCAGAUACGUGUGAAAUAUUACAUAAUAUGUUGCGAACAGCAAGUAUAACAGAAGACACUAUGAUUAGUUUAAAUAUAGUGACGGAUUGUUGCUACGCGUGGAACAUAAUGGAAUCGUUUAUUGAUACAAUGCAAGCUAGUAUAAAAGAAAGCCCUCCGACUGUAAUAAAAUUAAAAGCCCUCUUUUUAAAAAUGGCUUCGGCUUUGGAGACUCCUUUAUUAAGAGUAAAUCAAGCACGAAGCGCAGAUUUAUCAUCGGUAUCGCAAUAUUAUAGCAGAGAAUUAGAAAAAUAUGCAAGACGUGUUUUGCAAAUAAUACCCGAAACUGUGUUUGGUUUACUUGCUCAGAUAGUACACCUUGAGACCAAUGCUUUCAAGGAAAUCCCUACGAAAUUACCAAAGGAUAAAUUGAAAGAAUAUGCACAAUUAGAUGACAGAUUAAAGAUGGCUAAAUUAACAUAUGCCGUGUCGGUAUUUACAAAAGGAGUACUGUCUUUAAGAAGCGUUCCAUUAGGAGUAUUGAGAGUCGAUUCUCAUCGACUUUUAGAAGAUGGUAUACGCCAAGAACUCGUAAAAAAAGUUACCUUAGCUUUGGACAGCGGUCUUGUUUUCGAACCUAAAUCAAAAACGUCUUUAACGCAAAAACUUGAUAAUUUAGCUGCAAUUAUAGAUGGUUACCGUAAAUCAUUUCAAUACAUUCAAGAUUACAUAAAUAUUAACAGCUUAAAAAUGUGGCACGAAGAAAUAACAUAUAUUAUAAAUAACGCAGUGGACGAAGAAUGUACAGGUUCUACUUGGACUCCAGAAAGAUCGUGGAGAUACUUUCAAGAAGAAAAACAUAUAUCCGUAUUGGAUAGUAAUUCUGUAACGUUCAUUGGUAGACUUGCUCGCGAACUUACUCGUAUAACUGAUACUAGGACAACUGUUUAUAUCGAACAUUCUCUUGCUUGGUAUGAUCUCAAAACCCAAGCAGAAGUAUUAAAUUAUAAAAUCUUUUCAAAGAUAUUAGAAGCAAUAGGUACACCUGGUUUAACAGGACUAGACAAACUUAUUUCAUUUUAUAUCACUUUCGAAUUAGAUAAUAUGAAUCAUUAUAUAGAAAAGAAUAUUCGUAAUAAAACAUGGACGUCUACGCUCGAUUGCUUUGAAGCAAUAUUAAAUUCUAUGGACAGUUCUAAAGGUAAUAUGCAAAAACUUCAUAGUUCUGUUAGUUCUUAUACUAAUAAAUUCUGCCCUCAACUACUCGAAUGGGUAUUAAAAAUCGGACAUUAUCAGCUUCUUAAAAAAAAAAUAGCAUACGAAUUGAAUACCGCUUGCAAAUUCGAAGCUAAACAUAUGGAAGCAGCACUUCAAACUGUAAACACAGCUAUUUUAUUCGAAAUCGAUAAGAAAGGCAAGAACGAUGAAACUAAGGCUGACAGAAUCGAGUUGUUACGCGAGCUUAGCGUCAGAUUAGAUUGGGCUGGUAUAAGCAAUCCUCAUAAUAACGUGUACAUCAAAUCGUCAAAUAUAAGCAAUAUCGCCCUCAUUAUAUUUUUACUUACCGUAUCACAACUGUCUAAGUUACACUAUUGCAAAAAUACAGGAAGUCUUUUAAGUAAAAAAUCUCAAGAUCCUCUCGAUGCUGUAGUAUUCGUAACGGGAGUACAAACCGUUUUACGUCAGUGUGCUUUCUCUACGAUGAUGUGCUACGUUAAAUAUCUUUCUACGUAUAUUCUUUCCUGUGUAACGCCAGACAGCGCAAAAACUGGAAGCGACGGAGAUUCCGAAGGAAUGAACACUUUACAUUUUCUGGAAUUAUUUACAAAAUAUUCUGGUAUACCGCGAUCGCUUAUUCUUAAAGAAAUUCCUAUAAUCAUCAUGGAUCAUCUCCAAGCAACCACUGUUAAAUAAU